GAUUAGGGUUUUCAUUUGUUCCUUUGUCCCUCUGCUCUGCCCUGCUGCUGAAGAAUUUCUCUCUUACGGAUUUAGGAUUAGGUCGAGAAAAGAACCAGAGAUUCGAACCACAGCAGAAAAAUGACUACAAUUGUUCCCACCUCCGAAGAAGAUCCUUCGCUCGCCAUUGUCCGUUUCACUUCCCAGCUUGCCUGGGCCGAUGCAGGUCCCGAGGCUGCAGAGCCCCAAGUUACUAGACUAUGCAGUGAGGCAGAGGAGUCUAUAGUAGCUGGAAGGUGGCUGGAUUUGGCAACGUUAAUGGUAACUUCAGCUGACUUGGUAUCAUCCAAGAUCUCUGAAAAAGAUCUUGAGUGUACCUACACCAUAAUUUGCAGCCUUGUCAAGAAUGCGAAAAGUCCUGAGGAAGUCCUUGAAAUGGUGAAAGCUAUAGCUUCUAAGGUUGUUCAGCAGCCGAAUGACAAAGCUUCAUUGCUUUUGAAAAUCCUCUUCAAUCUUUAUAAUCUGCUGGACCACCCAAAUGCUCGUUUUCAAGUAUAUAUGAAAGCGCUGGAACUGGCUGUGAAUGGGAAGGUCACUGAGUAUAUAGUGCCUUCCUUUAAGAAGAUUGACAGCUUCUUGAAAGAGUGGAAUAUUGACAUCAACGAUCAGCGGAAACUAUUUCUUGCCAUUGCUAAUGUUCUAAGAGAAAAUAAAAGUUUGGCCAAAGACUCCCUUGAGUUUGUGACAAAAUAUUUGGCGACUUUCUCCGAUGAGGAUACACAGGUCCUGAGUGAAGCUAAGGAGGAAGCUGUUCGAGCAGUUAUUGAAUUUGUCAGGGCUCCCAAUAAAUUUCAGUGUGACUUAUUAGAGAUGCCAGCCGUUGCACAAUUGGAGAAGGAUCCUAACAACGCACCAGUUUACCAGCUACUGAAAAUCUUUCUUACUCAGAGGCUGGAUGCAUACAUGGAAUUCCAAAAUGCAAAUUCAGGAUUUCUGCAAACCUAUGGGCUUAUCGAGGAAGAUUGUUUGGCGAAGAUGAGAUUGUUGUCACUGGUGGAUUUGGCCUCAAAUGAAUCUGGCAAAAUACCUUAUGCCUCUAUCAAGAACACUCUACAGGUAAAUGACGAGGAGAUUGAAUUGUGGGUGGUUAAGGCAAUAACCGCAAAACUGGUUGAUUGUAAGAUGGAUCAGAUGAACCAAGUUGUUAUUGUCAGGCAAGUUCUAUACGCUUCUCUUUCGGUUUAUAUGUGUAAAGCCACACACAUACUCAUACUUUUCAUUAUUUACAGCCGUUCUGCUGAGCGUGAAUUUGGACAAAAGCAAUGGCAAUCUCUUAGAAUAAAGCUUGCAGCUUGGCGGGACAAUAUUGAGAAUGUCAUCAGCACGAUUCAAGCAAACAAGGUAACAGAGGAAGGUACUCAGGCAUCAUCAUCAUCAUCAUCAUCAUCAGCAACCCAGGGAUUGACUGUCCGUUGAACGAUUUCUUUGACGAAGAAGCUCUUAGUUUGAAGACCCAUUUUGUCAUCUCAAAAGCCGUUUAUUGUAUUCUUUGCAGAGUUUUUUUUUUUGGUAUUGUUUUUUUGUUCUUGUUACUAUUGAAUCUUUUGAUUCGGCUAUGCAUACUUCUCUCUUAAGAGAGUUUUCUUCGGCCAAAUCCCAAAAUGUCCAUCUUUGCUUCCAUCUAAUGACUAUACGUAUUAAUGAUCCAA